CGGGCUGGUAGAAAUCUCGCACGAAUGCUUAUCGGAAGGUGUGGAAAGUAGAUGCUGCCAGUAAAACGUUCCUCCAAACAGUGCAUCCAAACGGUCAAGCGAAGCAAAACCGUCGGUGACCUUUGUGGUGGUAAUCGGUGCGGGAACCUUUUUUCCUGCGCUCAGCGCAAGGAAUAAAACAGCUGACAACUACACCAGAACUGGGCAGGACAUCCGCAGGGAUGUUAGUCGCAAGCAAAACGAACCUCUGUAGGAUGUAAAUGUUGCUUCCCAAUUAAGUGCCUUUGUGCGGUGUGGUUCCUGUGAAGAAGAUAUUUGCUGGCAAGUGUUGCAGAUUUUGCGUGGAAAAGUGGAAAAGGACGAAAUUCUGCAAGUACAUUCAGCCAUUUGUUUGCGUUGUGCAUGAAUACGCAACUCGUCUCGUAGAUUCUUGGGGUUUUGAGGCAAACCCACCAAAUUGGUAAAAAUGCGGCCCGUCUUUCUGGCAGCACUGCUCGUGGUUUGGUGCAUCGCGGUGUCCACCUUUGCCGACGCGGCCGAGCAGCGCAAUUUCGAACCGAGCAGUGAUCCGGCCCUGUUUGCGCUGGACCGUGGUGCCGGUAACGAUGGUCACCUGUACACCUUCGACAAUCUGUCCGUCGCGCAGGAUCCGCGCGCGUACCGGCCGGACGUUGGGGCGCUCGACUUCGUGUACCACAACCACGACGAGAUGACGCGUUAUCUGCGUUCGACCACCGCGCGCUAUCCGAACCUGACGGCACUGUACUCGAUUGGCAAGUCGGCGCAGGGGCGCGAACUGUGGGUGCUGGUUGUGUCGGCCUCACCGUAUGAGCACAUGCUCGGCAAACCGGACGUCAAGUACAUCGGUAAUAUACACGGCAAUGAGGCGGUUGGGCGGGAGCUGCUGCUCCAUCUGAUCCAGUACCUCGUGUCGAGCUAUGGGUCCGAUCCGUACAUCAAGUGGCUGCUGGACAAUACGCGCAUCCACAUUCUGCCCUCGCUCAACCCGGACGGGUAUGCCGCAUCGAAGGAGGGCACAUGCGACGGCGGCCAGGGUCGGUACAAUUCCCGUGGGUUCGACCUCAACCGUAACUUCCCGGACUACUUCAAGCAGAACAACAAGCGAUCGCAGCCGGAAACGGAGGCGGUAAAGGAUUGGAUCUCGAAGAUACAGUUCGUGCUGAGUGGUUCGCUGCACGGUGGAGCGCUCGUCGUGAGCUACCCAUAUGACAACACACCGAAUGCCAAAAUCUGUCGAUCUUCGUCUACAUGCGCCGUCUUCCACAGCUACCAGUCGCAACCGUCGUUGACACCGGACGACGACGUGUUCAAGCACCUGUCGCUGACGUACGCGAACAAUCACGGCAAGAUGUCGCGCGGUGUCGCCUGCAAAACUGCAUCACCCUCGUUCGAGAACGGUAUCACUAAUGGGGCCGCCUGGUACCCGCUCACCGGUGGCAUGCAGGACUUCAACUACGUCUGGCACGGCUGCAUGGAGGUAACGCUCGAGGUGUCCUGUUGCAAGUUUCCGCCUGCGUACGAGCUGCGCAAAUACUGGGACGACAAUCAGAUGUCGCUGAUCAAGUUCUUGGCCGAGGCGCACCGGGGCGUGCAGGGUUUCAUCAUGGACCCGACCGGCAAUCCGGUCGAGCGGGCCCAGCUCAAGAUUAAGGGACGUGACAUCGGCUUCACUACCACCAAGUACGGUGAGUUCUGGCGCAUUAUGCUGCCGGGUGUGUACAAGCUGGAGGUGUACGCAGAUGGAUUCGUACCGAAGGAUGUCGACUUCAUGAUUGUGGAGCAGCAUCCGACGCUGCUGAACGUGACGCUACAGCCGUCAAAGCGUACAACGCACACGCUUGCAAAGCAACACGCAUCCACUAACAAACGGCCAAGGAUGAAUAGCGCUCGUACAAAGGUGGUAACGUCCACCACCGCUGCUACCGCUUCAUCCUCUACUACUGCUUCUACCACUACUAACACUAAUUCUAUUACUACCACUUCUACUGCUGCCACUACUACUGGCUCUUUCUCUUCCACCGUAAAGGAUGCAGAAUACAGCGCCUCGUACGACCGUGCGAUAACCUCCACCACGUCCAUUGCCAACAGUGCGUACGGGCCGAAUACCGCUAACCGUGAUCGGCUCAUUUUUACCUCCUGAGCCACCUGAGCCGGAAGCUUCGUCCCUUUUAUGCGAGAGAAACGAUCACAGUGGACACAGUGGAUGCAGGCGGUUUUGUACAUAGAUAAGCGGGGGAAUAUGGGGAAGGUCUGAACAAAAACAUUACCUGCAAUUAUAAUCUAGGUUAGUUGGGUACAGAGGUAGUACAACGGUGUACGGCUCACCAUUCCGUUUCCAGCGCGUCGCCAUAUAGCACAACGUAGCGUGUAAGCGUUUGUUACUGUGUUGUGUGCAAAAGAUCGGUUAGUUAUUUAAAGUUUUAGCUAAAUCAUAUAGGCACACAGAUACGUCGCGGCCAACGGGCAUUUGACGGAAACUUCUCUUUAAAUGAACAUAACGUUUUUCCAUAGUUCUUAAAACGUAUUUCUAAACGUGUUGCACAAAACGAGGUUGGAGGUGUGUUUGCCUAAAUGUUUCGGAUCUAAUCUGACGCCAGUGAUCAUCGUUGGAAUGCGUCUGAAGAAGGAUCAUCGCCAAACAAAGGAAACUUGUACAUAUACUUGGUGUUCUGGUUUAACUUCCAAUAUCCACUGUCUAUUUGUCCUUCUCUUGUGGUUCUCCUCUGUUUAACGCUCUGUUCGAACACGAUUAAUGUCGCCGUAUCUUCCCCUUUUGCAUCACAGCGCAAUGAUGGAUCGCAACACUAUCGACCGGCCGCUUCGACGCAGUACCGCCCGCAGCAGCAGAUACCUUCGGCACCGUCGCAAGGUUCCGGUUCGGACGAGGGUAUUCUUUCGACGCUUAGCAGCGGUUUCAACAGCUUAGUG